CUUAAAUGACUGACUACCCGGCAGCGGCGCAAAAGCAUCACCAACAGACAUAAAUUCGCCAGGAAAAUAAAUAGUUAUUUCGGAGAAGCUUGAAUAAUGGAUAAAGAGAGUGACAAGUUCCCUCUGCACACUGCAGCCCGCGAAGGCAAAGCAUCCAUCGCCGAAGCCCUCAUCAAGAUGGACCCUAAACUCUCCAAAACUAAAGACGACGAUGGUCGCUACGCCAUCCACUGGGCUACAUCCGCUAACAACCUCGACAUUGUCAACCUGCUCGCCAACCAGUCCAGCUUCGACCCCGAUGUCCAAGAUGGAAGCGGCUGGACACCGGUCAUGAUUGCUGCAAGCGUGCCCAACAGCGACGAAGUCCUCGCCACGCUUCUCAAAGCCGGCGCAGAUGUGAAUGAAAAGAAUAACAGCGGCCAGACUGCCCUCCACUUUGUAGCUUCCAAGCAGUACCUCGACGUCGCCACUGCCCUUAUAGCAGCCAAAGCAUCCACACGCGUGCGCGACAAGCGCGGCCAGUAUCCCAUCCACCGCGCUGCGGCAGUUGGGUCUGUGCCCAUGGUGAAGCUACUUCUUAAGAACAUGAGUCCGCUCAACGCGGCCGACAAUGAAGGCUGGACGCCGCUCCACCACGCUGUUGCUGAAGGCCACGGUGAUACGGCAGUGGCGCUGCUUAAAGAAGGCGCUGAUUUCACUUUGAAAACGGCCGCGGAAGAGACGGCGUUUGAUCUUGCGCCAGGCAAAGAGGUCAUUAGAUUCAUUGAACAGGGCGCAGAGAGAGAAGGACUCGAUCUGACCACAUCGUGAUGGAUGCCAUAAAGGCAAGGAAAAAUAAAUUAUAAAAUA